AUGAUCGGUAGAAGUGACAAUGAAAAGCGAGCCGAGGUGACAGAUUGGGCGCUAAAGCGAAAGAAGUUUUUUGAGGAAGAUCUGACAGUCUGGAAGCCGGUGGAUAACGGCUCUAGAGGUGUGGGCAGGACGGCCAAGGCGGGUUGCAGAGGGACUGUGGCAGAGGCGGUUACUGUGCGGGGCACUCUGGUUGCUGUUUCAGGUAUUACUGGCAAAUGCAGACCGACGACAACCAAUAUGUCUUCUACAAGGAAUAGUCUGUGA